AAAUAUGGCACAAUUGUUAUAUACUAGAUAACACAAGGGUACUUUUGGUACUAAGAAAUAAACUAUUUCCUCCUCUUAUUGCUCUUUAUAUAAGAAGUGAAUGUGCACCAUUGAAGGUGCAAUAGAUUGAGCCACCUCUCUCUCUCUCCAAGUUCUUCACUAUUAUCUCUCCACUCUCCUCCUUCAACAUCACAAAAAAGGUAGGAAGGUUGAGCAACAUGGAGAAAACAAGUUCAUUAGGCCUGGCGAGGACGAAAUCGGAUCAAUUGUUGGAGAAGGUGACAGCGGCGUUCAAGUCUCCAACGUCGAGCGGCGAGGCCAAUGGGGUGGUGGCUGAGAGUGGCAGCAUGACCAUGUCGAGGAAGUCGAGCAGGCAGAUGCUGACAGUUCCUUCACCGGGCCGUGGCGGGGGUGGGGGUGGGGGCAGCGGGGGCAGAAACACACACAUCAGGAAGUCUAGGAGUGCACAACUGAAGCUGGAUUUGGAUGACUUGGGCAGUGGUGCAGCUCUGAGUAGAGCUUCAAGUGCGAGCUUGGGCUUGUCAUUCUCCUUCACUGGCUUCACUCUCCCACCUGAUGAAAUUGCAGAUUCCAAGCCAUUCAGUGAUGAAGAUAUACCGGAGGAUGUAGAAGCAGGAACAGGCAAGGCCAGAUUUCAAACAGAACCAACUAUGCCAAUUCACCUCAAGUUCAGGGACGUUACUUAUAAAGUAAUUCUAAAGGGAUUGCGGACAAGUGCAGAGAAGGAGAUCCUGAAUGGGAUUACCGGUUCGGUAAACCCAGGCGAAGUUCUGGCCUUAAUGGGACCUUCAGGAAGUGGCAAGACAACAUUACUCAAUCUGCUUGGAGGCCGGCUCAUUCGGUCUACUGCUGGCGGUUCCAUUACUUACAAUGAUCAACCAUACAAUAAGUUCCUGAAAAGCAGGAUAGGAUUCGUAAUGCAGGAGGAUGUUCUAUUUCCCCACCUGACAGUGAAAGAAACACUGAGAUAUGCAGCUCUGCUUCGAUUGCCAAAAACAUUGACUAAAGAGCAAAAGGAAAAGCGUGCAAUUGACGUCAUCUAUGAGCUGGGCCUUGAAAGGUGCCAGGAUACAAUGAUUGGUGGCUCCUUUGUCCGUGGGGUUUCAGGUGGAGAAAGGCGUAGGGUCUGUAUAGGCAACGAGAUUUUAAUCAACCCCUCUCUGCUGUUUCUUGAUGAACCAACCUCUGGCUUGGAUUCUACAACAGCAUUGAGAAUUGUUCAGAUUUUACAAGAGAUAGCAGAAGCUGGGAAGACUGUCGUGACGACAAUUCACCAACCAUCUAGCAGAUUAUUUCACAAAUUUGACAAGCUAAUUCUUCUUGGGAAGGGAAGCUUGAUCUAUUAUGGCAAAGCAUCAGAAGCAAUGAAUUAUUUCUCAUCUAUAGGGUGUUCCCCACUUAUUACCAUGAAUCCUGCUGAGUUCUUACUUGACCUUGCAAACGGUAACCUCAAUGAUGUGUCUGUUCCAUCAGAGUUAGAGGACAGGGUGCAAAUAGAGAAUUCUGAGGCUGAAAUUAGACAGGAAAGACCUUCUCCAGCUCAAGUGCAGGAGUAUCUGGUGGAGGCUUACGAGACGAGAGUUGCAGAGAAGGAAAAGAGGAAAAUGCUGGCGCCUCUGACGCUCGACGAAGAGAUGAAAUCGAAGGUAUCGUCUUCGAAAAGGCAAUGGGGAGCGAGCUGGUGGGAACAAUACACCAUACUGUUCCGAAGAGGAAUCAAAGAAAGACGCCAUGAAUACUUCAGCUGGCUGAGAAUCACUCAAGUUCUGGCCACCGCCAUAAUUCUAGGGUUACUGUGGUGGCAAUCGGACAGUAGAACUCCCAAAGGCUUGCAAGAUCAGGCUGGGCUGCUGUUCUUCAUAGCAGUGUUUUGGGGGUUCUUCCCAGUGUUCACAGCAAUAUUCACAUUCCCACAAGAGAGAGCAAUGUUGAGCAAAGAAAGAGCGGCUGAUAUGUACAGAUUGAGUGCUUACUUUUUGGCAAGAACUACCAGUGACCUUCCACUUGAUCUCUUGCUCCCCAUUCUCUUCCUUCUUGUUGUCUACUUCAUGGCUGGCCUCAGGCUCAGUCCUGCCCCUUUCUUCCUCACCAUGAUCACCGUCUUCCUCUCCAUCGUCGCUGCUCAGGGCCUCGGCUUGGCCAUCGGAGCUACGCUCAUGGAUGUCAAGAAGGCUACCACCUUCGCCUCCGUCACCGUCAUGACCUUCAUGCUCGCCGGUGGAUUCUUCGUACAGAAAGUUCCAGUGUUCAUAUCAUGGAUCCGCUUUGUAUCUUUCAACUAUCACACAUACAAGCUCCUUCUAAAGGUGCAGUACAACCACAUCAUACCCGCCGUGAACGGUAUGAGAAUGGACAACGGAGUAGUGGAAGUUACAGCUCUAGUCGCCAUGGUUUUCGGGUAUCGGCUAUUGGCUUACGUUUCGUUGAGGAGGAUGAAGCUACAAUCAGGAAGUUAAUAUAAACAAAGUGCAAAAUACUCUCAGAGGAAGAUUUGCUACAAGAGCAAUCAGAGCAUUGGUUUACUUGUGCUUCAAUUUGAGUUCCAAGGUCUAACAAAUAGUAAAAAUCUCCAUUUUGGCAACUUUUCCCUGCUAUUGUACUCUUAAAAGAAAAAGGAAAACUUACCUUCCGGGACGGGUGAUAGCAUUGAAGGCAACGGGAACAUGUUAGUCAUCGUCAACAUGGGUUGCUCCUGGAGGUGCUUCUCACUUCAGCAUCUAGCUAGAACAUUUAAAUAUAGUGGCCUGAAACAGUAGAGUUUAGUUCCAAAUCCAUGAACAUAAAAUGUUGGCAGAACUCUUCUUUUUCUUUUAUAAAACAAACAUUCAGUUCA